CCUAAUUUAGAUAAAUUUCAUACAUUAUGAUGGAUGAAAACUUGAAAGGAAGGUCAUUUCCAGCCUAUGAUAAUUGCUAAGAGACUAAGUCAAUUUACACAAACACAACAAUUCAUUAACCCAUACCAUUGUCAUAAAUUUUUGUUAGGUGAAUACUUCUAUACUAAUCGUAAGAUAAUUGUCUUAGUUGCAUGUAUAUUUGUUAAGGGUCAACUAUAACUAUGUGUUGAUUGUUAUGUUUUAUUCAUUAUAUAAAUUGCGAAUUGUUGCAUUAACCGGAAAAUUUUCAUCAUCAAUGAUAAUGUGAUUUUAUAUUGGUUAAUCUGGUUAACCAAUUAACCAAACCGAUUAAACUUAGUUUGGUUAAUUUGGUUGUUGAAUUAGUUUGGACGGUUUGGUUAUGAUAUUGUAUUCCACGGUUAAUGGAAUUUAGCCUUAUUUUGUUUGGUUAUAACCAUGGUAACCAUUUGAACACUCCUAGACGGAAGGUUCACUAUAGCCCACCGUUGCGCUAAUGCCAAUUUAAUGUUGUUGGUGGGAACCUUUGAGGACGAAGCCGAAGAAGCCGAAGCAGAGACAAGCAAGGCUAACGUCGAAAUGCAACCUUGAAGGCAAGGUUGCUCUGAAGCGGUGGAGAUUGUUGCAUUAUUAUUUUUAGCAUUUUACAUUAUUUGCACAUUUUGAUUUAUAGAUGUUUUGGAUAAUUAUGGAUAUUUGGGAAAGAUUUGAUUACAUCCAAUUAGGAGAAUUUGGGAAGAAUAAUUAAGGGGAUAAAUUAGGAUAGUUAUAGAAAGAAUUUUCAUUAUAUUAGAGAAUGAUUGUUUUAGAGAAAUCAUUAAGUAUAAUAAUAUUAUUUUGGAAAAUCUCAUUCCUUAUUCCUCCUUUCCUACCAAGCCUUCCCUUCCCUCCCCAACUCUACUCUUAUUCUUCUUCUUCCUUCACUACCCACGUCCAGAAUCCUUCUUCCUUCUUGAAUUCUCUCUUCUUCCAUUAAAAUCCCAAAUCAUCUCUUUUCCCUUGCACGUAACCUGCUCGCAUACCCCUCAUAAGAUCCACGCCUUCAACACAGAAGGGCGAUACCCGAACCAUCUCCCCGCCAGCUUCAUGGGGCGGCCGCAUGUGGGGCCGGACGCACUGUUCGAGGAAUCCACUGGCAAAUUCUUGAGCCUCACCAGCGACUGUGGCUCCGACAAGGUCAAAUGUUCCGGCUCCGACGUUGCUUCCCCCGCCACGCUCGUCGAAUUCAAGCUCGACGGCUAUGACAGCCAGGACUUCUUCGACGUCUGCCUCAUCGACGACCAGGUCGAAUGCUUCGGCUUCGGUGUGCGACGCUACCGCCCCCAUUUUCAGGAACAAGCCGCUGGUCGUGAUGAUAUUUGGGUACCGAAUCGGAGGGACUGGCUACGGCAGCGGUCCGUGAUUCCUUCGGGGAAUCCGGGGAAGUUAACGGUAAAAUGUUAGGGUUGACUGUCACAUCACAUAAAGUUAACGAAGAGUGACCAAAAUUGAUAUUAAUUUUUUUCCAGUAACUAAACAUGACGCGUUUUAGUAAAUCAAGUGACCAAACUUGGCAUUUGCCCAUUUUUUUACAUUUAAACAUGAAAAUUUUCCUCAAAUUCCACAUUAUGUGAAGCUGGCCUCAAAUACCAUCCAAAUGGGUCAACAAUUUGCUUACUGAGAGUAGUUGAAGUGUUUGAAACAUUGGAAAUCAGCUCUCCUUGUAAUAGGACAGUAAAAUGAAACUGGCAAAUAGAAGCCACUUGCAAAAUCUGUGGCCCUACGUUCACUAACAAGCUAACAAUCACAACAUAUUGAUUGAAGUUCCAUGUUUUGGGUUCCUUCUCCACCUUCAAUUUGCUCCUAAUGUUGGACUCGUGGUCUGAUACUCUGAUUGGUGGCAAUGACGAGCAAUGUGACAAAAGGGAAACCCGAGAUUGCCAGACCAGAAUUAGCUGGAUUUCAGUACUACGAACGAAGUGGAGCUAUCAGCCCAAAGGCAUUAACCAAUCCCUCGCAUCGCACCCCACUUGCCCAAUUUUUUUUGUCCUUUUAUUAUUUCCGCAGUAAAGAAAACAAAGCACCGGCCGCCCAUCUCACUGUCUCCCAAAUUUCACCAAACAACAAAAUUUAGAAAAGAAAAAGAAGACGACAAUGACCAACAACAACGCAUGAAUCGAAAUACAACGUUGAUCUCCAUUUUGUUUGGUUUUAAAUGAAAAAAAAGGCAUUGUCUAUAAUCAGUUUGUCGAAUAUAUCUCGAGUUAUUAGAAACGUACUAUGUUUUACAUUAUACUGUUUUAUGCUUUCAAUAAAAGAAGAUUUGUAUACCCCAAUCAUAUAAUGUGAUUCGGUUAGUUAUUAGCAUGGAUAAAAAAGCUAAGAUUAACUUUAUGCUUAGGUACGUCUAGGCACCGGGUAAUUUAAUAACACUUCGUCUAGCGAUUUUACAAUGAAUUAGGUUAUCAAGAACACGUCGACAAAGUAAGCCGAUAACUAGGUGUCUCCUAGUAGUUAGAUAGACCAAGAUAGUUAAUAUCAAAUGGGAAAAUGUGUAUCAUCUACAAAUUAAAUCUUAUAUGUCAAUAUUUUAAUAAAUCAAGAAAUUUUUGAGUUUUGAGCUAUGAUUCUAUAAACUGUGAGCUAGUUUUCUUAUUGUUAAGUGUUAAAUACUUACUAAUCAUUUAAGAAAAAGUGAAAGUGUCGAAAACUGUUACUUCAUUAUUUAUGUAGUAUAAAAUGCUAUAUUUUCUUCCUAUACCUAGGCAUGCUUAGUCGACACCUGGACGAGCUAGGCGCUAAGCGAGUCCCCAACGCCCACCUUACGGCGCCUAGUGCCUUCAUAAACCUUGAUUAUUAAUAUUGGGAUCACUAUUAUAAAAACACAAAUUACAUAUGAAAUAUUUCUAGGGGUCAUUUUCUUGGAUUAUUGUAGCCCAAUAACUCAUAUAUUUGGGCCACGAUAACCCGUUCAACAACCUAUUACACUGUUGAGUUAUUCUUAGGGGCGUUAUUCUGAAAUAAUGUAGAAAUGUUUUAAUUAAAAUAACAAGAAGUUGGCGUUAUUUGUGGAGAAAAAAUCCAAAUUUAUGAAAAAGUACAACAAACACAUUUAUUCAUUUUGCAGACGAUCUGAUGAUCUUUACUGUAGGAUCCAGGUAAGCUAUAAGACAGGUACAUAUGGUUCUUGGUGAAUUCUAUCUACUUUCUGAGUUGAGAUGUAAUUUGGCAAAAUGUGAAGUCUAUUUGGGGAGAAUCAGUGAAAUAUAAAGCAAAUGCAUUGGAGAGCAAGAAGUUGUCUUACGCAGGGAGACUUCAACUGGUUUCUUCAGUGUUCAUGGGGACCAUUAAAUACUGGAUGAAAAUGUUCUUGCUGCCCAAGAAGGUUAUUAAAAGGCUAUACAAGAUUUGUUCUAACUUACUCUAACAUGGGGAAGGGGAAGGCAGAGCAAAAAAUGCUUGGGAAAGAGUUGCAAAGCCUAAGAAAGAAGGUGGGCUAGGUAUCAAAGAUUUAUUGACAUAGAAUGUGGCUCGUGUGGGAAUUAUACUAUGGUUAUUUUUUUUAUGGAAUCUGGGACUAUUUGAAUGGCAUGGAUGAAGUUGUAUAGAUGUGGUGAUGGAACUUUAGUAUCACUUAAACUAAAUCCAAAUAGUUAUUGGGUGCGAAGAAGAGUAUUAAAACUCAGAGGUCAUGGGGAUAAAGCUUAAUUAGUAAAAGGGGUGAUGAGGUGCUAUGGGAAAUCAAGCCCACGCAAAUUUGCUUUUGGGUUCCAUCCCAAAUGACCUCAUACUAAUAAAACUGGUUGGAAUCAGAUAGGAACAUAUAUACAAGGGUCAUUUGCAUGUAUUUUUCCAACUUCCAUAAAAUGUUUCCAAAUUUAAGAAAAAGUACAAACAAACACAUUUGUUCAUUUUACCAUAUAACAAACAAAUGGUUCAUCUUUCAAUUAAUCAACAUAGAUACCACAUAUUGAAAAUAUAUAUAUUAAAUGAGCCCACCAAUACCACAAUCUACAUUAUCAGUGAAUCCAUCUAGAGCUGAAAGUUUGGUAUCAGUAUUUGGGAUAUACCGAAUAAUGUACCGAAUUUAUCACUAUUUGGUAUUACCGAAUACUUGCUUAUUUUUUAGGAAUUGAGAUUGGGAUUCAUUUUGGAGUGAAAUUCGGUAUUUCGGAUUAUGGGAGUGUGAUCGGUAUAUACUGAAAUACCAAAAAAUACCAAAAAAAUUAAAAUUACUGAAAUAUAUCACACAACAUUUGGUCAUUUCUCACUCUUUCACAAUUUAGAAGUCCCCAUCCAAUUCAAUUAUUACUUUCCAGUUUAAGUUACUCUCAUCUUUCACCUAAUCUCUUAUUAUUUUCAUAACACCAAAAAGCAAACACUGGUAUUAGUCGUAUCUUAAUCUCCAAUUCGUCAAAUUAAAGAUUACCAAUGACAAGAAUUUGAGGAUGUCACCUCUCCUCCAUUCUCCUAAUCCAUAUUCUAGCUCUAGGCAAACUCAAUACUCUUUGUUUAGUCUCUUUGUCAUAAAUUAAACAAUCAAAUUUAAUUUAUAUUUAAUUAUUAAUUGCAAAGAUAAUUAAUUUCGUAUUAGAUGAUACCGAUUGGGAUACCGAAGUACCGAUAGGGAUUCCAAAAUAUUCAGGGAUUGGGAUUGAGAUACCAAUAGUAUUUAAGAAUUGGUAUUAAAAUUGAUUUUAGAAUAUAAUUCGGUAUUCAUGAUUUCGAUAUUUGAUAUUGGGAUACCAAUACUCAUCCAAACUACACGUAUUAUUUCUUGGAAUUGGGAUUGAAUUUCAAUUGUUAUUUGGUAUUAGGGAUUAUGGGAUUGGGAUCGGUAUAUAUUGAAAUACUGACCAAUACUGAAAUAUAAGCUAGUGUGUAUUUUAUUAUCUCAACUAGACUCUCUCAUUCACUACUACACGACCCUCAACCACCAAGAGUGUCAUUUAAUUAUACAUAUAUAAUUCCAUCACUAUUAAUAGUCGUCUCUCAACCUCCAAUUCAUCAAAUUAACGAUUACCAAUGAUAAGAACUUGAGAUCUCUCCUCUCCUCUAUUCUCCUAAUUAAUAUCCUAAUUCAAAACUCUUUGCUUAGUCUUUCCCCCCUAAAUUAAAAAAUAAAAUCUAAUUUAUACAUUUAAUUAUUAAUUGAAAGAUAAUUAAUUUUGUAUUCGAUAAUACUGAUUGGGAUACCGAAGUACCGAUUAGGAUAUCGAAAUAUUUAGGGAUUGAGGUUGGGAUACCGAAAUUAUUUAGAGAUUGAGAUUGAUUUUAGGAUGUAAUUUGGUAUUCGAGAUUUCGAUAUUUGGUAUUGGGAUAUCGAUACCGUACCGAUUUCCACCCUAAUCACACCCAAAUAUUUGGUAUUUGGUAUUUGUUAUAAAGGCGCUGCUACGGAUCGGGAAAUAGCCGGAAUCGACAAAGCAAGAAUACGAAAGCGAGAAUCGAAAAACACAGACACACGAUUUACGUGGUUCACUAACACGAUGUGUGUUAGCUACGUCCACGGGCGAGAGAGAGCCAAUUUCACUAUAUCGAGGAGAUUACAGAUUACAGAGGAGUAUGAGAAGUAUUUAUAGUACUUCUCCAUGUGGGUCUAAACCUAAUCCAAUCUGGCAAAGGAAAUGGUUACCAGGCCCAGAACCCGAACCCAAAUAACAUUGAGCCCAUACAUCGUGGGCUGGGGGUAGGGCUGCAAAUGAGCCAAGCCGCUCGCGAGCAACUCGGCGUUCGAAUCGGAAAAAACUCGUUCGACACUCGACUCGUUAUUUAACAAGCCGGCUCGCGAGCCAACUCGUUAGUUAACGAGCCAAGCCUGAGCUAGACCAUGCUCAGCUUGAUAAGCUCGCGAGCUAGCUUGAUUCGGUGGCUUGUCGAGCUAAGCUCGCGAGCUGCCUUGUUUCGAGCUUGUGGAAGGAUGAAUUACUCUUUUAAACAUGAACAUUGUCUUAUAAUACAGAUGUGUAUGAAAUUUAGAUGUUAUUUCUAGUUUCUAGUGUUCUUUCUAGAUGUUUAUACAUUUUUCCAGCAAAAAUGAUUUUAAAUCGAGCUCAUCUUGAGCCGAGCUUGUACUCAGCUUAACAAGCUAUGUUAAUGAGCAUUUAUCGAGCUCUACCGAGUCGAGCUCGAGCUAGAUUAUUUUUAUUCAAGCCGAGCUCGAGCUCGAGCUGGAUUAUCAAAAUUCGAGUUCGAGCCGAGCUCGAGCUGAAAAAUUAAUAAACGAGCCGAGCUCAAGCUAAGCAAAAACUCGACUCGACUCGGCUCGUUUGCAGCCCUAGCUGGGGGCGUUGCCCCCGCACCCCCACCCCCGAUUAGCAGUCGUAGCGGCUGAUAAUCCGAUUCAAGUCAUAUCAACAAAUAUAAAUUUUGUUUGAAUUGGAAAGCAGCAAAGAGGGUUCGUCGUGGCCGCGGAAGGCAAAGCGCGUGUUGGUGGGAGCAAAUGCACAGUGGGUGCUGAUGGAGACGUCAACGACUCCUAUUAGAGUCCUAUGUGUUCCUGACUCACGUUUCCUUCGUCUCUAUCUAUCCUCUCCAUAAUUCACUCACCUUCAUUGGACGGACAGAUAUUUUUGUACUGGCGUGGCUAGCUACCCUCUUGCAGCUCUUGCUCACUCAAAAGUCAUAAUAGUAUAUAUAUAUAUAUAUAUAUAUAUCAAAUAAAUAAAUUGGACAAAAUCAAAUAAAUAAAUUAGACAAAAUCAUUUUUCCGCACAUGUUAACCAUUUGGGAUCACGACUUGGAAUUUGAAACACCACCAUGAGCCUACAUUGGACGGACCUAACUUAAAAACAAAUAACCUUGUAUCAACGGGCUAAUAACUAGUACUUUUAUAUAUAUAUAUAAUAUAUGGUUCUCAAAUUAUUAUUUACUUGCCAAAUUUGUUACCACUAGAGUUAGUACUAUCUAUGAUCAUGAGCUGCAACAUUUCAUCCAAGUCGGGCCAAUCAUAAUCAAUUAGUAAUUGACGUAGAAAACAGUUUUUAUGGCAUACCAUAAUGAGGUUGUAAAAAAAAAUAUUGUAGCUAUCUACAAAUAAUAAUAGUGAUAAAUUUAAGCGGUAUAAUAAAUGUCUACUUUUUAU